CAGGUGACUUGGGGAAGAUGGCCGCGUUGACCGCGGAGAAUUUCGCGGCGCUCCAGAGCCUGCUGAAGGCCUCCUCAAAAGAUGUUGUCAGACAGCUGUGCCAAGAGAGCUUUUCCAGUUCAGCCCUUGGCUCAAAACAACUCUUGGAUAUUACAUGUUCCAGCUUGUCUGUGACCCAGGAGGAAGCGGAGCAACUGCUCCAGGCUCUGCACCGCCUCACCAGGCUGGCGGUGUUCCGUGACCUGUCCUCUGCUGAGGCGAUCCUGGCUCUCUUUCCUGAAAAUUUCCACCAGAACCUCAAAAACCUACUGACGAAAAUCAUCCUAGAACACGUCUCUACUUGGCGAACGGAAGCCCAGGCACAUCAGAUCUCUCUGCCGCGCCUGGUCGACCUGGACUGGAGAGUGGACAUCAAGACCUCCUCCGACAGCAUCAGCCGCAUGGCCGUCCCCACCUGCCUGCUGCAGAUGAAGAUCCAAGAAGAUCCUAGCCUGUGUGGAGACAAACUCUCCAUCUCAGUGGUCACUGUGGAGCUGAGUAAGGAAACUCUGGACACUAUGCUAGACGGCCUGGGCCGCAUCCGCGACCAGCUCUCCGCCGUGGCCAACAAAUGACCCCAGCCGGCUGCUGGGCCCACAGCCGGGCCCCAGCUGCCGGCCAGCGGUGUGCACCUCCCAGCCCCCGGGUCACCCCUGUGCAGCAGCUGCGGCCGCCGGCAGGGUCGGCAGGCAGGCCGGGGGGGACGGCGAGGGGGCUGCCGUCUGGAAGGCACAGCUGCACCGGGAGGAAGCGGCCCUGGCCCCGCGCUAUUCUCCUCCCUCGUCCUUUUUCGUCCUGAAGCUGGUGAGCAGAAGCCCCCAUCUCUGGAAGACAUCCUCACCACUGUGGCAGUGUGAGGGGGCGUCCAAACCAUCAGGUGCCUCUGUGUGGCUGCCUGGAAGAUUCAGGCCCACGUUGUGGAGCUCAUCUAAGAAGUUCCUUUCCAGCACUAGGUCAAUUGGCCUGUUUCUAGCCCCGGAGCACAGGGAGGGAAUCACGGCGCUGAGGCCAGCAGUUGGCGCUUCUCCGUCACAGAAGCCGGGCAGGGCCUGUAGAGCCCUGGGGCCCCCCGCCGGCCCAAGUCCAGAGCCUUCCUGAGCCCCUCAACCCUGCGGGCCCCCCUUCCAGCAUAGGGAGUCUGGAAUGGGUGCUAACUUCCUCCUUCCUGAAGCCACAAGGCCCGUCCUUGAUACAAUGCCAGGGGAGACAAGUGGGAGUGAUGGA